UAUCCACACAACUGUCGUCAACACUCGUUGGCAAACUCGUUGAUGUUUUAUCAGCUCCAGCACCUAGUGCUGUCUCGGCUGCUCCUGAAGGAAUUAGCUGAACCAAUGAGGAAUGACACGUGGUUAGAGUCAACCCAGCAAUUACUAAAAAAUCAUUCAAAGUAAACAUUGUUGACAUACUAAAUGAAUGGAUCUCAAUGAGUCGCCUAUUUUUAAGAAGAAAGGCAAUUGAUUAAAAAAACAUCAGGUUCCAUUCAUUGAAUGUAAGUAUAAUUGAACAUGAGUUGGAGUCGCACCUUAAGGUUAUGUGCCACCGGCAAAUCAGUCCUACGGAUUGACCAGAGAUAUUACACAAACAGGAAUAUACUAUCCCUUCAUGACAGGGGUAUGUUCCAGGAGAUGUUUCCAGAAAACGCUGGUCCUGAAAUGAAAGCUCUACUAGUGGGUUCUCCUCAAACUGCUUACGCGGGUUUUGAUCCAACGGCUGAAAGCCUCCACGUAGGAAACCUACUGGUCCUCAUGAACUUAUUGCAUUGGCAACGAGGAGGUCAUCAAGUUAUUGUUCUUCUGGGGGGAGCAACUGGACAAAUUGGGGAUCCCAGUCACAGAACGAAAGAGAGAGAUGAAAUGAACGCAGCAGUGAUUCAACAGAACAUCGAGGGAAUUAGAAAAAAUAUUGAAACUAUUUUUCAAUAUCAUAAGGCUCACUUUUGGAUUGAUAAGGAUAACGAGCCACUCAAGACUCCAAUUAUUCUGAAUAACUUGAGCUGGUACAGAGAUUUAAAUGUUAUUCAAUUCAUCAAAGGCAUUGGCAAGUAUUUCAGACUGGGGACGAUGAUGGGAAGGAGUUCCGUACAGUCCAGAUUGAAUUCAGAAACCGGAAUGAGCUUCACUGAGUUCAGUUAUCAAGUCUUCCAAGGGUACGACUGGUUGUACCUCUUCAAACAUUAUCAAUGUAAAUUUCAAAUCGGGGGGAAUGAUCAGAUGGGGAACAUAAUGUCUGGACACGAUCUCGUGAGGAAAGCCACGGGGCAACAGGUGUUUGGGUUGACACUCCCUCUGAUCACUGCUGAGGGUGGUAAAAAAUUCGGCAAAUCUGUGGGGAAUGCCGUGUGGCUGUCGCCGGAGAAAUCUUCGCCCUUCAAUCUUUACCAGUUUUUUAUCAGGACUAUGGAUUCCGAUGUCGAGAAUUUUCUAAAACUCUUUACGUUUCUGGAUUUGAAAACCAUUGGACAAAUCAUGAAUAGACAAAAUAAGGCGCCUGAAAAGAGAGAAGCCCAGAGAAUAUUAGCUGAAAAUGUUACAUUGCUGGUUCAUGGAGAGGAAGGUCUUCAUGCGGCUAAGCAAGCCUCUGCAGUCCUCUACGAAAACUCCCUCGACUCUCUCUCAAAGAUGAGUGUUAAUGACCUGAUCAAUGUCUUCGAGGGUGCCAAAGUAUCAGAACUAGCGCCUGAGCCUGGAAUCACAACCUACGGACUCGCUAUGAAGAUAAACUGUUUCAAAACACCACAUGACGCUCAAAGAAUUAUCUCAGCUGGUGGAUUCUACAUAAACCACAGUAAAAUCAUGAAUGUCAACGAAGUAAUCACUCCUGGAAUUCAUAUCCUACCAAACAAUACAACUUUAGUAAGAGUCGGGAAGAAGAACUACCACGUGGUGAGGUGGAUAAUGUAAUGUGACUUAUGUUAGAUGAUAAUUUAUUUUAAGUAAUUAAAAGUGUUACAAAAACUA